UUAUACGUCAUUUCAUGUCUCUUUAUCGAUGAUCAUUUCAGGCAACAUUUUUUAUCCUGAUAAAUAUUGGAAAGAUCGUCAGACUGUUACAUUUAUAGUCUGAGUCUUGGCAAGCUCAUGAUGGAUAUAUAACGGUAUCAAGUUCAGCUCGACUUCUGGGAACAUCAGCAACUUAUCAACCUCAACUUGCAAUCUCAACAUACUUAUAAUUUUUUCCCAAGUCUAUACUCGUCACAAUGUACUCUAUCCUUCGCAUCGCUAGCUUGAUGGCCUUGAUUGGUUACGCUCAAGCUGAUUUUGCAGUCGGAACAUCUGCAUCUCAAAUGGGAAUCGGAGAGAUUGUUCCUGAUACAGGAGGUGACGUUUACAACACCGACGAGGUUGCUGUGUCAUACCCAGGCGGCUGCCUCGACAACGUCCAGCAAUUCGAGUGCGUGUCAGAGAGAUGCCUCAUCGAGGGCUUCUUUGAGAUUCGGGGCAUGAAGACGGAGGAUCAGUACGGCUUCAACUGGAAUGGCGAGGGCUGGGAGUUCUCUCAGAACAGCGAGAUCUUGGGAUUCUGUACUAAGAACGAUGAUGAAGGAUGCACCAAGACUGAGGCAAACUACUCGCUUGGAUUCUUUUCACGCAUGCUUUGCACCGGUUCUAUCAACUCCGGGUUCUAG